AUUUCUAAUCAUAAACCUUUAAACCAAAGUUCUGAAAAAGUCAAAAUUACAGUCUCUCUCAUUAGACCACAUUCCCCAAUUCUCCUCCUCCUUCCUCCCGAACCAGAGCAGCAACAAUGGCGUUGAAGUUUCUGAACAAGAAAGGAUGGCAUACUGGAAGCCUUCGAAACAUCGAGAACGUCUGGAAAGCCGAACAGAAAAACGAAGCCGAACAACGCAAAUUGGAGGAGCUUCGGAAGCAGAUUAUCGAGGAGAGAGAGCGUGAUGAGUUUCGUGUUCUUCAAGAGCAAGCUGGCCUCACCCCGAGGCAAGAAAGAUUGGAAUUUCUGUAUGAUUCCGGAUUAGCUGUUGGAAAACCCAGUUCUGAUGGGUUUCAAGCACUUGGGAGUUUCCCUAGUGCUGAUAAUUCUGCAUCGGCAUCGGCAUCGGCACCGGUAUUGGCUUCAGCACCGGCUCCAUCGUCGGAAGCGCAACCAGCUGUCCCUGGAGCUUUGUUUGAAGAGAAACCACAAUCUGCCAAUGACGCUUGGAGGAAACUCCAUUCAGAUCCACUGCUGAUGAUUCGGCAAAGAGAGCAAGAAGCUAUGGCUCGAAUAAAGAACAAUCCAGUAAAGAUGGCUAUGAUUCGUAAAUCAGUCGAAUCAAAGAAAAAACACGAUGAGUCUCAUGAUGGGAAACACCAAAAGGUGAAAUCAAAACAUAAAAAGCACUCUUCCUCGUCCAAGCAUCACUCAGAAUCUGAAAGUGAUAGUCACGAAGAGAGAGAAAGAAGAAGGAAGGUGAAGCAACAAAGGAAAGAACAUCACUCAGAAUCAGAAAGUGAUAGUCAUGAAGAGAGAGAAAGAAGAAGGAAGGUGAAGCAAAAAAGGAAAGAACAUCACUCAGACACGGAAAGUGAUGAAGAGAGAGAAAGGAGAAGAAAGACGAAGAACAAGAAGAAAGAACAUUCAGAUUCUGACGAGGACGACUCCAGAGACAGAACCAGACAUCAUAAACAUUCACACAGAAACUAUGAUGGAAAGCAAAAAUCAGACAGAAAUAAAGACAGUGAUCGAAUUCAGAGAGGAUACGAGAAUUCAAAACAUUCCGAGUAUGAAUCAAAGCAUACUGGUUUGCCACCUAGGCAGGAUUAUCAUGAAUCAAAGCAUGGUUUGCCACCUAUGCAGGAUUAUCACGAAUCAAAGCAUACUGGUUUGCCACCUAGGCAGGAUUAUCACGAAUCAAAGCAUACGGCUUUGCCACCUAGGCAGGAGUCACACAGGCGGCGAGGUAGGGCCCCACAACUCUCGGAAGAAGAACGGGCGGCUAGGUUGAGAGAGAUGCAAAUGGAUGCUGAGACUCACGAAGAGCAACGAUGGAAAAGGUUGAAGAAGGCGGAUGAGAAUGAUGCACGUGAAGCUAGCCAAGCGGGGAAUUCCCGAGGGGGGAAGUCGUUCCUCGAUUCUGUUCAGAAGAGUGUGUACGGUGCUGAGAAAGGAGGGAGUUCGACGAUCGAGGAAAGUGUUCGUCGUCGUUCACAUUUUCUUCAGGGAAGGUCAUCAGCUGAUGAGGGUAAUGCUUUUCGAAGGUGAUAGAUGAAGGUGGGUUGCAUGUUGUUCUUCAUGAUAACAAUGUUUAUCGUUUAAUCCUUGAAUGAGGUGGUUCUCAAUGUUCAGUUGGAUAUUUGUUUUUUGAGAUUUAUAGGAUCCAUGUAAAUUAAGUGGGAAACCAGAGGCGAUAACAUAUACUCCCUCCGUCCCUUAAUACUCGCACCGUUUUGACUGGACACGCUUGCCAAUGCACUUCUUUGACCACUAA